AUGGCCGCCUCACUCCCACGUGAACUCCUAGACGAGAUCGCCGGCCAUCUGAAAAAUGCAGGCGCUUGUCUAGUCGCAUGUACAGCUGUCUGUCGUCGCUGGCAGGCAGCGUUUGAGCCGAUCAUCUACUCCGAUCUGCAUGUUUACAGUGAGGAUUUCAUCAACAAGGAAGGCCAGCCCCGCGGAAUUUCCCUCCAUCGAUUCCAUGCACUCACUUCUGGGCCUGGAAUCGCGCGACGAGGAUAUAUUUGUCGACUGUGGUACCAUAUCGUUGUCCCCUUUGACCUGCCGGAUUGGACCAUGCGUAAAAGGGAUGGUUACAGCUCCGAUAAUGCUGUUCGACAGGUGAAUGACACUGCGUUUCAAUCGGCACUCAUCGAUCUAUUCAAAACGCUAGGAUGGGAGAAGUUCCAUCGCCUCACUCUCAUUCUGGCACUCCUCGGGCGUAACCCAGGCCAGGAGCCGCAUACAAAAGAGGAUAAUGAAGGGGGAUUGUAUACUUGGUUCUUCACGGAGGGGCGCACGCAAGCUGUUCCUGUCUAUCGCGCGUGCUUCCAUCAGGAUGGUGCUUUAGCGCUGCCCUAUGUUUCAUGCAUUGACAAACUCUCGUUUCUCGACGGCACAGACUCGACACGGGAUCAUCAGAUAUGGGCUGGAGCCGCUAUGCAGAUUGCUCACCAUUGUCCGGCACUGGCAGAAAUAUGGUUGAACCUGGAUGAUCACAUUCGACCAGAUCAUCUGGAGUACCUGAAGGAACGCCGUCAAGAUCAUUCUCUACCGGGCAAUGCCUUUUUGCACUGGCCGCGGUUGGAAAUCUUGACUUUGGAACAAUUUCAGCCCUGGCUUCCCUCAGGGGAAUGGAUCGUCCGCCCUGAUACAGACGAGGAAGCCAUGAUCGCCGAGAUUGAGGACUGGGAAGCUGAGAUCUGCAGCUACGAACGAAGGGUCGUGGAGCGACCCAUUCUUCAGCAAGAGCAGUUUCAUCGGCUGUUUAUGUCCUUGGGGUAUGCUGCAAGGCAUAUUCCUCGCUUGAGAACCAUCAGCUUUGACCUCAACCACUAUUACUUUUUCUAUUACAAGUUCUUGAAGCGAGCGGGCUCGAUCACGCUUGAGUGGGAGGUAGAACAUUGCGGUGCAUACAAGUCUGAUGAUCGGGUUGCUGCUGCAUGGGCCUUUCACCUCGGUACCCACCAGCUCUCGGAUUGGGAAUAUCACGCAACGCUGUCGCAGUGGCCACCAGUCGAGGAGGAGUCGUCCAUCCUUAGGCCGGGGCGAGUCCGCUCAGGGUCUUAUAGACUUGAAGCUAAUAGGUAG